UGGGCCGGGGGCCUGGCAGGCAGGGCAUAGGGCGCGCGGGGAGGGAGUGGGGCUGGCCCGGCGGAGCGCCCGGGAGCGUGAGGGCUAGAGCGGCGCCGCCCGCCGCCGUGCGCCCGAGGGCAGGGCUGCGCGGCCCCUCCGACCGUGCUCGGGCGCCUCGUCCGCCGCCUCGGAGCUGCGCCUGGGCUGGCCGGGCGGGGCCCGAGGACUGGCAGGAUGGCGCUCCCCUCCCCCAUCCCGAAGGCAGUUCCAUCCCCUGUGGAGGACGCUUCCACCCUGGCUCGCCUCGGGCCCCCGCUGUUUUUGUCCGAAAGGCAUUUUUUUUACCAUCUGUGAAAACUUCCUGUAAUUCAUUUUUCCUCACUCCAGUAUUAAGAAUUAUACCAAAUUAAAAAGAUAUGAAUGAAUAUCCUAAAAAAAGAAAAAGGAAGACUUUACACCCUUCUCGUUAUUCAGAUUCCUCUGGAAUAAGCAGAAUUGCAGAUGGAUUCAAUGGCAUUUUUUCUGAUCAUUGUUAUAGUGUUUGUUCUAUGAGACAACCAGACUUAAAAUAUUUUGACAACAAAGAUGAUGAUUCUGAUACAGAGACAUCAAAUGACUUGCCAAAAUUUACAGAUGGAAUCAAGGCCAGAAGCAGAAAUCAAAACUACCUGGUUCCCAGUCCUGUACUUAGAAUUAUAGACCACACUGCCUUUUCUACAGAAAAAUCUACUGAUAUUGAAAUUUGUGAUGAAGAGUGCGACUCCCCUGAAUCAGUCAACCAGCAAACUCAAGAGGAGAGCCCUAUAGAAGUUCACACUGCUGAAGAUGUUCCAAUUGCUGCGGAAGUGCAUGCAAUUUCUGAAGAUUAUGAUAUAGAGACAGAAAACAAUUCCUCUGAGAGUCUCCAAGACCAAACUGAUGAAGAGCCACCAGCUAAACUUUGCAAAAUUCUUGACAAGAGCCAAGCUUUUAAUGUGACUGCCCAGCAGAAAUGGCCUUUACUGAGAGCUAAUAGCAGUGGCCUCUAUAAAUGUGAACUUUGUGAGUUCAACAGCAAAUAUUUUUCUGAUUUAAAGCAGCAUAUGAUCUUGAAGCAUAAGCGUACUGAUUCAAAUGUCUGUCGAGUAUGCAAAGAAAGUUUCUCUACCAACAUGCUCCUGAUCGAACAUGCCAAACUGCAUGAGGAGGAUCCCUACAUUUGUAAAUACUGUGAUUAUAAGACAGUAAUUUUUGAGAACCUCAGCCAGCACAUUGCAGACACCCAUUUUAGUGAUCACCUUUAUUGGUGUGAGCAGUGUGAUGUACAGUUCUCCUCAAGCAGUGAACUCUACCUACAUUUCCAGGAGCACAGCUGUGAUGAACAGUACUUGUGUCAGUUCUGUGAACAUGAAACGAAUGAUCCAGAAGACUUGCAUAGCCAUGUGGUAAAUGAGCAUGCAUGUAAAUUAAUAGAGUUAAGUGAUAAGUAUAACAAUGGAGAACAUGGACAGUACAGCCUCUUAAGCAAAAUUACAUUUGACAAAUGUAAAAACUUCUUUGUAUGUCAAGUAUGUGGGUUUCGGAGUAGACUUCAUACAAAUGUUAACAGGCAUGUUGCUAUUGAACAUACUAAAAUUUUUCCUCAUGUUUGUGAUGACUGUGGGAAAGGCUUUUCAAGUAUGCUAGAAUAUUGCAAACAUUUAAAUUCACAUUUAUCUGAAGGGAUUUAUUUAUGUCAAUAUUGUGAAUAUUCAACAGGACAGAUUGAAGAUCUUAAAAUUCAUCUAGAUUUCAAGCAUUCGGCUGAUUUACCUCAUAAAUGUAGUGACUGCUUAAUGAGGUUUGGAAACGAAAGGGAAUUAAUAAGUCACCUUCCGGUCCAUGAGACAACUUGAUUGUUCUCUCUAACUUCCAUAAUGUUGAUGUAAAAUAAUAAAUUUGACUUUUUUGCA